AUGAUUUACACUGCCGUUCAAAAAGUGACAUUAUAUACUGAAUUCCUCCCGAUGAAAUCCAGAGGGAUAUCCAUAAUCCUUUUAGGGGUGUUCUGGGCCUUGGGUGCUGUAUUUGAAGUGUUACUGGCUAUGGUGGUCAUGCCCACAUUAGGCUGGAAAUGGCUGCUAGCUUUCUCCACCCUUCCUUUAGUUGUCUUUGCUGCCUCCUGCUGUUGGUUACCUGAGAGUGCUAGAUUUGAUGUACUGAGAGGCAGAGAAGACAAGGCCCUGGACACUUUGAAAUGUAUAGCAGCAGCUAAUGGGAGCUCUGUGCCUGCUGGAAGACUUAUAGCCAACACACAGACUGAUCGUGGGAGGAUUAGAGAUCUUUUUAUUCCAGAAUACCGAAAAACAACACUCUUAGUGUGGUUUAUCUGGUUUUGUAAUGCUUUUUCAUAUUAUGGUAUUGUGCUGCUGACCACUGAGCUGUUCCAAGCAGGAUCUGCGUGUAGUGCCACCGACAACUCAAAUAUGGAACCUCGGUGCAGUUUGGAGUGCAAUUAUCUGACUUUUCAUGAUUAUGUGGACCUUUUGUGGACCACCUUAGCAGAAUUUCCAGGUAUUCUGGUGACCCUGUGGAUGAUUGAUCGAAUUGGCAGGAGAAAAAGCAUGGCAGUUUGUUUUUUAUUGUUCUCUGUGUCGAUUUUGCCACUGUAUGCCUGCACACAAAGGACACUUCUCACAGUCUUUAUUUUCAUUGCUCGAGCCUGUAUAACAGGGGGCUGGCAGGUUGCAUAUGUUUAUACACCUGAGGUUUUCCCCACAGCAACCAGAGCUAUUGGUAUUGGUACAGGCAGUGGGAUGGCUCGUGUUGGAGCUCUCAUCACACCAUUUAUUGCUCAGGUCCUUCUGAAGUCAUCCGUUUACCUGACUCUGUCUGUGUAUUUAAUAUGUUGCUUGCUGGGCACAGUGGCAUCCUGGUUUUUGCCCAUGGAAACAACAGGGCGGAGCCUUCAGGAAUCAAUGCAAAGCACCAUGGAACAAAAAAACUUGGAAAGGCCGCAUGGCUCUGAAACAACCGAGUCUUCCAGCAAUACAUGUCCUUAACAGCAUAUGGAAAACUGAAUCUGUGAAAUCUCAGGAUUAAUAGUGGAAAAGGCC